UCCCAACGACUCUGAAAACACAUUAACAUAACAAACAACAUAACAUCUCUCUCACAAAAUCUUACUUGGAUUUUGACGAUCUCACUCUUUUCUUCUAUUUUUUCAGUUCGUUUUUUUCUUUCUUUCUUUCUCAUAUGACAUAAUUCACACACAAAUACAUACAUCAAUCUCUUUUGCUUUUAUAGUUUUCUGGUGCAAAAAUGCCAAAUGUAUCUUCCACCUUCUUCCUUGCCCCUUAUUCUUCACUUGGGUAUCCCAAAGUUGUUUGCUUUAGUGCACUCCAAGGCAAAGCUUCUUCCAUUGAUUCUUCUCCUUCCCAAUCUCCCAUACCCAGGCUUUUUAGCAGGGGAUGCAAGUUAGUUGGAUGUGGUUCAGCUGUUCCUUCUCUUCAGAUUUCCAAUGAUGACCUCGCAAAAAUAGUUGAUACUAAUGAUGAGUGGAUAUCAGUUCGUACUGGGAUUCGUAACCGCCGAGUUCUUUCAGGCAGGGAUAGCUUGACAACUUUAGCAGUAGACGCGGCACAGAAAGCUCUUGACAUGGCAAAGGUUGAUCCGGAUGAUGUUGAUCUAAUAUUGUUGUGCUCGUCUACUCCAGAGGAUCUUUUCGGCUCUGCCCCUCAGAUUCAAAAGCACCUUGGCUGCAAAAGAAAUCCAUUGUCUUAUGACAUUACAGCUGCUUGUAGUGGAUUUGUGUUGGGUUUAAUCUCAGCAGCUUGUCACAUUAGGGGUGGUGGGUUUCAAAAUGUCCUGGUGGUUGGUGCUGAUGGUCUUUCAAGAUUUGUCGACUGGACUGACAGGGGGUCCUGUAUCCUUUUUGGAGAUGCAGCCGCUGCUGUACUAGUACAGGCCUGUAGUGGUGAUGAAGAUGGUUUAUUUGGUUUUGAUUUGCAUAGUGAUGGUGAUGGUCAAAGGCAUUUGAAUGCUACAAUUAAAGAAGAUGAGACCAAUGAUGCAGCAGAAUCAAAUGGUUCGGUGUUCAACUUUCCUCCCAGGCGACAUUCAUAUUCAUGCAUUCACAUGAAUGGCAAAGAAGUCUUUCGCUUUGCAGUGCGAACUGUUCCACAGUCAAUUGAAGCUGCCCUACAAAAGGCUGGUCUACCUGCAUCGAGCAUCGAUUGGUUACUUCUUCAUCAGGCAAACCAGAGGAUCAUUGAUGCAGUCGCUGAUCGGUUAGAAAUCCCCGUGGAACGUGUAAUAUCAAAUUUGGCUAAUUAUGGUAACACAAGUGCGGCUUCUAUUCCGUUGGCUUUAGAUGAAGCAGUUCGGAGUGGGAAGAUCAAGGCAGGCCAUACUGUUGCGACUGCCGGCUUUGGUGCUGGUCUUACUUGGGGAUCAGCAAUAUUGAGAUGGGGCUGA